AUGUCUUCCUUUGGCGACUUCACCCCGAUCUGCGAGAUCGCACCUCUGCCACUAUGCGCUGCCGUCGGUCCUAUUCUUAAGGCGUCCGGCCGCACCGGUAUCGAGCCAGAAUGCUAUGCUCGCAACAUCGAGCUUGCUAACACCAUCAUUUUCGAGGGUGCUACAUCCGUGAUGCACAUCGCUGCGCUUGUCAUGACCGUCAUCAUGAUUCUCCACGUUCGUAGCAAGUUCACUGCUGUCGGCCGUAAAGAAAUUCUCAGUUUCUUCUACCUGUACAUGCUGCUCACUGCCAUGUCCCUCAUUGUCGAUGCUGGUGUAGCACCUCCGGGGAGUGAGCCGUAUCCGUACUUUGUCAGUGUACAAAAUGGAUUAAGCAGCGCGGUUAUUACAUGUCUUCUUAUCAACGGUUUUGUUGGAUUUCAACUGUAUGAAGAUGGAACACCGCUCUCUGUCUGGAUGAUGCGCCUCUGUUCCUUAGCCGCUUUCACCAUCAGCUUCCUUGUGUCUCUGGCCACAUUCAAGAGCUGGGCCGGACUUGGUCCCACCAAUACUGUUGGCCUGUUUGUCGUUCUUUACCUCUUGAACGCGGUCCAGCUCUUUGUGUAUGUGGUCAUGCAAAUUUUGCUCGUGACAAGGACACUACAGGACCGUUGGCCCCUUGGAGAUAUUGCUUUUGGUAUUUUCUUCUUCGUGGCUGGUCAGGUUCUUCUCUACGCUUUUAGCGCAAAGAUCUGUGUCGCUAUUAGCCAUUACCUUGAUGGCCUGUUCCUUGCGACUGUGUGUAACUUGUUGGCAGUCAUGAUGAUUUACAAGUACUGGGACUCAAUCACCAAGGAAGACCUCGAAUUCUCAGUUGGCACCAGGAUGAACAACUGGGAGGUCAAGGAGCUGCUACCCGAAGAAGAACGAAGGGCAACUGUCUUCUCUGAGGACCCCUACGGCCACACCAGCUCAUACGAUCUGCCUUACUCACCAGGCGCAGCACGGUACUCGGCCAAGUACUAA